ACAUCCACUCCACGGCCCGCCCCGGGCGGGGGAGGUGCGGCGCUCGGAGGUCUCUAGGACCCGGAGGCGCCCGGCCGCCCAAUGUAUACCCCCGGGCCGGGCGCCCGGGCCCAGUCAUGGACCCGGGAAGCGGCAGCCGCCGCGAGGCCGCCCCUGCCGCGCCGCCGCCGUUCGUCCGCGUGGCGCCGUCGCUCUUCCUCGGGAGCGCGCGCGCCGUGGCCGCGCCGGAGCUGCUGGCGCGCGCGGGCGUCACGCUGUGCGUCAACGUCUCGCGCCAGCAGCCCGGGCCGCGCGCGCCUGGCGUAACCGAGCUGCGCGUGCCCGUGUUCGACGACCCGGCCGAGGACUUGCUGGCGUACCUGGAGCCCACCUGCGCCGCCAUGGAGGCCGCGGUGCGCGCCGGCGGCGCCUGCCUCGUCUACUGCAAGAACGGCCGCAGCCGCUCGACCGCCGUCUGCACGGCCUACCUUAUGCGGCACCGCGGCCUCCGCCUGGCGCCAGCCUUCCAGGCCGUGAAGAGCGCGCGCCCCAUAGCCGAGCCCAACCCGGGCUUCUGGUCUCAGCUGCAGAAGUACGAGGAGGCCCUGCAGUCUCGGUUCCUUCUGCCGCGGAGCCCUCGGGACAGCGAGCCCUAGUCGGUCAGCAGCCCUGCAGCAGCCACUGGGAGUUUCCCGCGGCCUCAGUGCACUGACGGAGGGCGGUCUCCCAUCUCUUUCCUCACUGUCACACGGAGUGUUCGUCUUGUGUGUCUUGUUGAAAUGCAGCUCCAGAGGGUCUCUGUUCCUCUUGACCGUAGUGCGGGGGGUGUCCACCGAGAAGGGCACUGGGAGCCGUCCCUCCCCUGGUCAGCAGACUUAUUAGACAGGCCCAGAUCAGGUUAGGAGGUGAGAGGAGAACUACACUGCGGCAGCCCCGGACCUCCAUCAGCCUCCUCCCUGGGGGUGGGAAGGGGGCGGCAGAUAGGCUGUGAUGGAGGACCCUUGGAGCAACACUGAAGGCACUGUCCCUGAAGGACAGGGCCAGGGUGGAGAGUGGAGACAACCUCUGUGGGCUUCACAGUUCACAAGAUGCCUUGGUGGGCUGGCUGUAAUACUGCAAAACAGAUCUCUCCCUUCUUCAAGA